AGCUGUAUUCAUGAAUAUGAUGUAUUAAAAUAUGAAUAAUAACUCAUAUUAUUAAUGUCGUGAUCUACAAUGUAUAAAAAUAAUAUAAUAUAUACUUUAUGAUCAAGUGAUGCCAUAUAUUACAUUAUGCUUAUAUGAAUAACGACAAAAUUACUAGGCAAUUGAUAGAAAAUGUUGAAGUUGACUUAAUAAAAGAAAGUAAAGUACUAUAUGCUAGAUUACUUAUCAAGAAACAUACCAUUAUACUUUUUUAAACAAACAAACAAAAAAAAAAACAUUGACAUUAUGACACGAAACAAUAGGCUUACUUUUCUCAUUCUCUAACUCCUAUAAAAGGAGUUCCUAAGCAAAUCCCAUAACUCAAUACAAUUUUAUUCAACAACCUAUUUACUUACUAAAAAAAAGUGAAUUAAAAUGGCUCAAUUAUUUUCCCACAUUGUUGUGGUUUUAUUAGUAAUGACUAUUACUGUAUCAAAAGUUGAAGCUACUCCUCCUGGAAUAGCUAAUAAUCCAAGCCAUUCUCAUUGCUCUGAUGAUGAGAUUAAACAAUGCAAAAAUCUUCCACAUGUUUGUCCUAAAUUCUGUCCUAAUGGAUGUAUAACCGAGUGUCGUUCUUGUAAACCUAUUUGUAUCGAUGGCGCAUCGCCUUCGCCACCUCCUCCCUAUUACCCUCCUCCAUCAACAUCUCCAAAGAAAGUUAAGUGUAAAAGCAAAGACAAGAAAUAUGUAAAAUGUUACGAUCAAGAACAUACAUGCCCUAGUACUUGCCCCGGGACUUGUCAAGUUGAUUGUGUAUCUUGCAAACCUGUUUGCAGUUGUGACAAGCCAGGAUCAGUUUGCCAAGAUCCACGUUUUAUUGGUGCUGAUGGAAUUACUUUUUAUUUUCAUGGAAAGAAGGAUAAAGAUUUUUGCUUAGUCUCAGACUCUAACCUUCACAUCAAUGGCCAUUUUAUUGGAAAACGAAAUGAAAACAUGAAAAGAGACUUCACUUGGGUUCAAGCUAUUGGUAUCCUUUAUGGUACUCACAAUAUCUCUAUUGAAGCACAAAAAACAGCAACAUGGGAUGAUGCAAUCGAUCGCCUUUACCUAAACAUUGAUGGUGAAUCUAUUCUUAUCCCAAACAAAGAAGGCGAAAGGUGGAUGUCUGAAUAUGGACCAACAACAUACGUAACUCGAACAAGCAACACGAAUGAAAUUGUAAUUGAAGUUGAAAAUAUUUUGAAGAUUACAGCAAAGGUGGUGCCUAUUACAGAGAAAGAAUCGCGAGUCCAUAAUUAUGGGAUAACAGAAGAUGAUUGUUUUGCUCAUCUUGAACUUGGGUUCAAAUUCUUCGCGCUGAGCGAUGAGGUGAGUGGCGUUUUGGGACAAACUUAUAGAAGGAAUUAUGUGAGCAGAGUGAAAAUGGGUGCUUCGAUGCCUGUAAUGGGAGGUGAUAAAGAGUUUUCAGCCUCGGGAUUAUUUAAUGCUGAUUGCUCUGUGGCUAAGUUUCAAGCAGUAAAUGAAAUCAAUGAGGGCUCGUUGAAUAAUUUGGAGAUGCCUAGCUUGAGAUGCAACAGCGGAAUUUAUGGACGAGGAGUUGUAUGCAAGCGCUAGAAAUUAAACAUUAAUUGUUGCUCGUUAUUUUAAAAAAUAAGGUUUGAGAACCAAAAUAAUGUAUUAAAUUUAAAUAAUACUAUUAAAGUUGUGUAAUUGACUUUUUUAAAAAAUUAAAAUUGGGGUGAGAGAGGCUCGAACUCUCGACCUCAGGAUUACUCAGAAGCUAUGAGACCUACGAGCUAGCCAACUGCGCCACCACCCCUAUUAUUGUUACUUUUCUCUUUGUUCUUUAUUGAUAUACUGUAAUAAAUAUUACAUUUUUGUUCUGUAUUUUUCAAAUCUGAAAGGUAAGUUCUGGGAAAUUUACUCAUCCAUAUUUGAGUUUUUCGUAAUGCAAUA